AUGGCAUCCUCAAGCCCCCUCCAAACCGACCAGGCCAACGGCCAAAACACCAGUCAUGGACAGAACGGCGCAGACGCUCAUGAAUCUACUAUCCGACGAUGGAUGUCGCCUUUCUCUGGCCCCGCACUAGCUUUACUGCCCAAGAAUCCCUAUCGCGCGGCUCGAUAUACCCGGGCGGAUGCCAUACCGGAUGCCGAUGAGGACGAAGAAGGCCGCAGACCAACCGUCCGGGACUACCAUGCCAUCAAUUCCGUUCCCGAGCAGGUUCGCGUUCCCAAGAAGAUACCUACGCCUAUCAAGGUAGAGGCAAAAGUAUGGUUUGCUAACGAGCGCACUUGGGUCUCCUACCUCAACGUUGCGCUUCUCAUUGGAACGCUGUCAAUCGCGCUCUUCAAUGCAUCUCAGGAUCAGAUAGCGCGAGACUUUGCAUAUGUGUAUGCGUUCAUCAGCGUUGCCGUUUUGGUGUACGGUUAUGCCAUUUACCAACACCGGAUUACCAUGAUUCGCCGGCGAGAUCCUGGGCACUUCAAUGAGAUUGUUGGUCCAGUAGUGAUCAGCGCCUUGUUGUUCUUUGCUGUCCUUACCAAUUUCAUCAUGCGAGUCCGCGAGCUACACCGCAAGAAUGUGCCGAUACCCGGACUGUCUCUAUUCAUGACUCAAAUUUCCUCUCGCAUCUAACCAUCUACUUUCAACGUUACCACAUCGUGCAAUAUAUAUACGAGAUUUGAACUUCGAUGGACAGUGGUGCAUGCAUAUGUCUUACUGUCUCACUGGAAGCUCAGGUUGCAAGCCAGAUCCUGCAUCGGUAACUUGAAUGGAAGCCGGCGGGAUGUGUGGCUAUGCCAGCGCCUAUCUCGCCCACGCGUUUUCUGCGAUCUGCGGUCUGCGGCAGUUUGUUC